GCGGGAUUUGUGCAUUGCGCUUGCAUGUCUUGAAAACGAAAUUUUUAUAAAUGAAGUUACUGGCAAACUUUUAGUUAAUUUUGUUUGUGCUUGAGAAGAAAAUGGAUAUCCAAAUGCUGAUGUAGUAUAUUUUGAGCUUCCACAGUCUCGUCACCUCAAAAUGCAAGCAUUAAAAAGAAAGAGAAAUAACAAAGCUGAAAAUCAGCCAUCUUCUGCUCCAAAAAAGACAUGCAAGGUGCCUGUGGAUCCAGAAUGUCCAGGAAGAGACAGCUACCAUGUAUACAUUGAAAAGGACAUUGUAUAUCAUGCCACCUUAAAUCAAACAAACUUACAAAACAACAACAACAAGUUUUUUAUCAUACAACUUUUGCAGCAUAAUACAAAGAAGUCGUUUGCAGUUUACUUCAGAUGGGGUCGUGUUGGAGCUAAAGGACAAAAUAACUUGGUUACAAAACCCGGAAAUAAUUUAGAGGAAGCAAAAGUUAUAUUUGAAAACAAAUUUUUUGACAAAACUAAAAAUGAAUGGAUGGACAUUAUUGAUGGAGGUUUUGCAAAAGUAAAUGGAAAAUAUGAUUUUCUUCGAAUGGAUUUAAAUCCACAGGAGGAAGAAAUAACAUUUAAACCAGUUGACUCCAAGUUAAACGAAAAAGUACAAGCUCUUCUCGAGCUAAUAUGUAACAGGAAAGUUAUGGAAAAUAUUAUGCUAGAAAUGUCAUAUGACUCCAAGAAAACUCCUUUAGGAAAACUUACAAUUCAGCAGAUCCACGAUGGCUAUGCUGCGCUUCGUAAUGUUGCUGACGCAAUUCAGUCGAAAAAAAAAGGAAGUGAUCUUGUGAAUGCAUGCAACAACUUUUAUACUAAAAUUCCACAUAACUUUGGUAUGAGAACUCCACCUCUUUUGCUAAAAAUGGAGGAUGUUACUGAGAAAAUACAAAUGUUGGAGGCUCUGGAAAGCAUUAGAGUUGCUUUGGAGUUGAUGGAUGAGAAAAUUGUGGAGCCCAUGAACCCUCUUGAUAAAUACUACAAAUCUCUACAUUGUACCUUGGAUGUCAUAGGUCAUUCUGAUGAUGAAUUCAAAGUUCUGGAAAAUAUUUUGGAAUGUACCCAUGGACCAACUCAUGGUUAUAAGCUGAAACUACUAGAUGCUUUUAAAUGUUACAAGGAAAGUGAACACAGGAAUUUUAAAGAUUUUGGGAAUACGAUGCUCUUAUGGCAUGGAUCCAGACUUUCCAACUGGUUAGGUAUAUUGAAAAAGGGAUUACUUAUAGCACCACCUGAAGCUCCUGUUACAGGAUAUAUGUUUGGUAAAGGUAUUUACUUUGCUGAUGUCUGCACAAAAAGUGCUAACUACUGCUUUUUCAGUAAAAAAAAGGAUGAAGGACUUUUACUUCUCUCUGAGGUGUCAGUGGGCAGAUCACUGCAGCUAAUGCGUAGUCAAGAAAUGCCAAAAGAAUUACCAAGAAGUUAUAACAGUGUCCAAGGAGUCGGAAAAUAUCAGCCAAGUGUUCUUGAAAAGACCAUCUUGUCAUCAGAAGCCGAAGCUGUUUUUGGUCCUCUUGUUGAAAGUGAAAGUGCAAGCAAUUGUGAAUUGAAUUAUAAUGAAUAUGUUGUCUAUGAUGAACGUCAAGUAAAACUGAAAUAUCUUCUCAGAGUUACUCCUGAAGAACUGUGAAGCAAACAUAAAGUUUUCAUUUGCUAAUGACAGCUAAAUUGAUAGUUUUAUCAAUGAAAAAAUGUUUCAGAGAAACUGUUGAACCUUUAAAAAUAUUGAGUCAGCGCAAAUGAAAAUUUAUUUUGAAAAUCCUUAUAUUUUACUGUUACCUUUUCCUUUCACAUUUAAGUUGCUCUUGUUUAAACCGGUUAUUCUAAAGUGUGAAAAUGUUUAAAAAGAUUACUGAGAAGUUAUUUUGAGAAUAGAGCUAACAUCAACAACCUUCAUAGAUUUUGUGAUAUGUCACUUGUGUGCCUUUUCUUUGCUUUCAAAAGUAAAAGGGGGGGGGGGGGGUCAAAAAGAAAACAUUUACUAAUGCAUAUUUUUAUACAGUAAUAAAGAUAAGUACUUUUUACAAAGUUUUUAAAAAUUCUUUUGAAAUCAUAUGUAUUGAAAGUUUUACUUGUCAGUACUUAUAAACUGAACAGUGAGUAAUCUAUAAGCAAAAGUGUGUUGUUUUCAAUUUUGCAUAAAUCAUCCUCAGAAAAGUUAUAACUGCCAUUUUUAAAUUUAUGCUUUUGAUAUUUUCACAUCAACAAAUUGUGGAGAGUUUGGAGAAAUGGGACAGCUGCAUUUGUGUCAAAUAGAAUGUGAAACCAACUUCCAUGCUUGUCCAGUACAUGUAGCAGAUUAGAAUUAAGCAAGAGCAAAUCUGCUGCAUCUACUGGGCAAGCUAAAAAUAAUAUUUCUCAUUUUAUUUUGCAGUAAAUGCAACUCUCACCCCUUCAAUCAUCUCAUUUGUUACAACACUCGAAGUAUUUGUUUUGUUUCUAACUUAGUGUACUAUCAGGUGUAAAAAUGUACAUCAAAUUUUAAGAUGAUUUUACUGAAGUUUUUUACUCUAACCAAUAUCUUAAAAUAUUUUCUUACUUUUAUAUGAAGCAUUUGUUUCAACUUGUAACUAUUACUUGGAUUACUCUUCCACUUGUAAAUGUUUUUUAAAAACAAUAAA